UAAUUUGCUCCUUUUAUAGGGGAACACAUCGUUACUUACCUAUUUGUACGAUACCGUCUCAAUUGGGAUGCGGUCAGAUAUAGCAUGUAUUCGACAUACAGUCACAUAUUACAUGCAUUGGCUGCUUUCCUGUCAAUAAGUAUAUUGAGCAAGCGAUGGGGCCUGGAUGACUCCGUGCUCUGUCUCAUUUCAGUCACAAGCAAACUAGUCGGUUUUGUUUACAUCAAUUUCGUCCGAACUGAUUUUCAAAUGUAUUUGGUUCCCAUCGUACAAUUUUUGAAUGCAACAACAUUUACUUCAUUGCGUUCAAUGUCAUCAAAACUAGUGCCAAGUGAAGAAUUGGGCAAAAUGAAUUCCCUAUUCAGUCUAGUGGAGACCCUCGCUGCGCUCGUGUUCGACCCAGUGUACGCAACCAUAUACGCCCAGACCAUGAAGCAAUUCAGUAGCGCGGUGUAUGUCUUUAGUGCUGGGAUGGCUCUGCCCGCCAUCAUCAUGUUAAUAUGGUUUAUUAUCAGGAACCGUCAGGAGAUAAAACAUCGAGCCGUAGAACUAGAAAACUUGCCAAAGGAAUCCAGUCUACCUACCUAG